GACGCCCCACCCCCUGGAGCUCCCCGCGGUCCCGCAGCACCCUCUGGCCGACUCUGCAAAGGCUAGGGCUUGGGCGGACGGAGCACCGUGCGCAGGCGCGGAGUUAGACCUCGCCGUAGCCCCCAUCGCCUCGGGGAGUCUCAUCCACAGUGGGUCCGCUGGCCCAUCGGGGCGCUUUCCUUCCUCUACCCUCCCGGGUUCCCCGCGCGCCCUACGCGCCCCGAUGGCGGAGCUGCGGCCUAGCGUAGCCCCCGGCCCCGCUGCGCCCCCGGCCCCUGGCCCUAGUGCCCCUCCGGCCUUCGCCUCACUCUUUCCCCCGGGACUGCACGCCAUCUACGGAGAGUGCCGCCGCCUUUACCCUGACCAGCCGAACCCGCUCCAGGUCACCGCGAUCGUCAAGUACUGGUUGGGUGGUCCAGAUCCAUUGGAUUAUGUUAGUAUGUACAGGAAUAUGGGGAGUCCUUCUGCCAACAUCCCCGAGCACUGGCACUACAUCAGCUUCGGCCUGAGCGAUCUCUAUGGUGACAGCAGAGUCCAUGAGUUUACAGGAACAGAUGGACCAAGCGGUUUUGGCUUUGAAUUGACAUUUCGUCUGAAGAGAGAAACUGGGGAGUCUGCACCACCAACAUGGCCUGCGGAGCUGAUGCAGGGCCUGGCUCGAUAUGUCUUCCAGUCAGAGAACACCUUCUGUAGCGGGGACCACGUGUCUUGGCACAGCCCUUUGGAUAACAGUGAGUCCAGAAUUCAGCACAUGCUGCUGACAGAGGACCCCCAGAUGCAACCCGUGCAGACCCCGUUUGGGGUGGUCACCUUCCUCCAGAUUGUCGGUGUCUGCACUGAGGAGCUACACUCGGCCCAGCAGUGGAAUGGGCAGGGCAUCCUGGAAUUGCUGAGAACUGUCCCCGUUGCUGGUGGUCCCUGGCUGAUAACUGACAUGCGGAGGGGAGAGACCAUCUUUGAGAUCGAUCCACACCUGCAACAGGAGAGAGUUGACAAAGGCAUUGAGACAGAUGGUUCUAACCUGAGCGGUGUCAGUGCCAAGUGUGCCUGGGAUGACCUCAGCCGACCUCCCGAGGAUGAUGAGGACAGCCGGAGCAUCUGCAUCGGCACACAGCCCCGGCGGCUCUCUGGCAAAGACACAGAGCAGAUCCGGGAGACCCUGAGGCGAGGACUCGAGAUCAACAGCAAACCUGUACUUCCACCAAUCAACCCUCAGCGACAGAAUGGCCUCACCCAUGACCGGCCCCCGAGCCGCAAAGACAGCUUGGAAAGUGACAGCUCCACGGCCAUUAUCCCCCACGAGUUGAUCCGCACUCGGCAACUUGAGAGCGUACAUCUGAAAUUUAACCAGGAGUCAGGGGCCCUCAUUCCUCUCUGUCUAAGGGGCAGACUCCUGCAUGGCCGGCACUUCACCUACAAGAGUAUCACAGGUGAUAUGGCUAUCACGUUUGUGUCCACGGGAGUGGAAGGCGCCUUUGCCACGGAGGAGCAUCCCUAUGCAGCUCAUGGACCCUGGUUACAAAUUCUGUUGACGGAAGAGUUUGUAGAGAAAAUGUUGGAGGACUUGGAGGAGCUGACUUCUCCAGAGGAAUUUAAACUUCCCAAAGAGUACAGCUGGCCUGAAAAGAAGCUCAGAGUCUCCAUCCUCCCUGACGUGGUGUUCGACAGUCCACUGCACUAGCCUGGGCUGGGCCCUGCGGGGCCAAGCGGGGCUCGGCGGCUCUCGGUAACUGCGGUGCGACAGCUGUAUAAGAGACUCCCAUGAAUAAAAGGACAAGUGUGAGGAUGACUACAACUGCUGCACCCACCACAGGCCCCGCCUCACCUCCUUCACCUCUGGCUCAGGGGCCUCAGGCCCAGCUGCCAAACCCAUGACCAGGCCCCUGCCCUGCAUGUCAGUGAGCAAGGGAGCCUGCACCUCCAACCUCCCCAACCACCUGCUGCUGCCACAGGUUUAACCGAUGUGCUCCGCUCCGGGAGAGACACCCUUGCCGUACAGCCAGGUGUGCAGAGCACGCGUGUGGGGGAACUGCCCGGUUGGACCCCGGUAUGCCUCUGUGCGUUCAGGCUGCUGCAGCAAUUGCUCCUGUCGCGAUGUCUUCUUCCGUAGUCUGUUGUGAAAACCAGAUGGUAUUUUUAUUUCUCGGCAAAGAUGGUCCAGAAGCCAUGUAUAUGGGGGUUUUUAAACAGAACUUUAUUCCUAGAUGAACUUUAUCAUUCUCUUAGACAGGGGUCUGGGGGCUCUGCCUCCCCCACACCCUCUGCCCAAGAAGGUGCCUGGCGCUGCCUGUCAGCCCUGAGCCCUGGAGGAGCCUGGGAUAGGGGAGCUGCUGGCACACUCUCCGUGCAGCCGUGGGCCUAGAUAUGCUGUGGCCUAGAAGGGUGUCACUGCCAAAUGAGCUAGGCUUCUACCAGGCCCUGGGGACUUUAGGGACUCAAGGACAUGGUGGUCCUAGCUAUGUCUUCCAAUCCUUUUCUACCCACCAGACCUGCCAAGGAUUGUGUAAAACCCACUGCCCCUCACCCUGCCCCCCAGGGUUCCAGCUCUUUGAUUUCCUUUGUCCCCUGGGUUCCCAGCCCCCUGGGCUGUGGGACUCUAGCUUAUUAAAAACUGAGAAAUCAACCCCUCAAAGUCCCCCUCACUUUAAUUCUGUUGACAAUGCUCUCUGUGGCCCUCCAUCCUUCCCACGGCCAUUCCUAACUCACCUUCCUACUUGCCUUUUCCUAUGGCCUGGCCCUUUGUGGGCCUCAUCCUCUCCCCCUCAAUCCCCCCCCCCAGAACUGUAGAUCCGGACACCGUCCAGGAGCCAGCCUGUCUCUGGCCACCUUUGGGGGCUGCUUUUGAGAGAAUUCCUACUUCUGACCUGGAAAUGGCAAGUCCCUUUCCUGAACUCUAGGUCUGAUGUUCUUUCUUCAUUCUUUAAGUUCAGAUCUCUCUGAAGGAAAGACUUGUCUGUCAGGGACCUUUCAAGAGCUCCAUUACUCUGUCCGUUUCCACCACUUACGGGGGGGAACUAUGGGGUACCCCAGGAGACCUACAGUGGCCCAGCCAGAGAGCUGCCCCCAGGAGCCUUGAGAAACCUGGAUGGGGGCUCGAGGGAGCAGAAAUGAGCUUUUCAAGGGAUGAGGCUUUUGGCCCUUUCCACAUAUCCCGUAUCUAAGUGGUUAACUGUAAGGCCAGCACUUGGAGACAGGUCCCUACCAGCCUGGAUAGAGUCUCUGUGGAACAGACACCAUGCUGCCCCAGGACUUCUCCACAAGGACACUUGCAACCCUGCCUUUAAAGCUCUUGUCUCCUGAAAGUGUAUGGCCAAGAGAUGCUCCCGGCCUGCCUCCUCCAUUCCUUACCAUCUUGACCAGUGUUGUAGUAGUUCCCCCUCCCCCCUUCUCCCUGGAGACUUGCCUAAGGGCCCCCGUGCUGCGUUCUGCCUACCUCCAUUUGCCUGGCUUGGGGGCAGGAAUGCAUGCUAUGAGCUGGUUUAGUCCUUAGUGUGUGAGACUGCUGCUCAACCUCUUGCCCUGGGCCUGCAAGGUCUUUGUAGACGGAGGGUUGCCACCACCUGCAUUCUUGGGAAGCAGGGAAUGGCAGGCAAGCUCCCAAUGAGAUGUCAAUAGGGCCUGAGGCCUCUCCUGCCCCCAUCCUGCCAGGAACCUCAGGAAUGUGUAAAAUCCUGCUGGGACCAGGCCCCCAUCAUUCCUUAGUGCCUCGGCUCUCAGCCUGCUGGGACCAGGCCUCCUUUCCCUUGGGCCCUGGUUUCUUCCAGAAGGUUAUCAGGGAACAGGUUCACCAUUAGGCUGCUGCCAGAGAAGGAGGGAGCCUACCAUCGGAUGGAGCAAGGCUUACCUCAUUGUGUCACAUGAUGGGUAAUCUGUACAGGGGCCCGUUCUUUCCCUCCCUUUAGCCCUAUGGGGCUGUUAGCCCAUCCUGGGGAGGGGUUCAGGAGACUCCACCUCGGCACACUUCCUACAGGCUGUCCCCAUCCUUUACCCUUGCAGGGCCUCAGGACCAGAGCUUCUGAAAGGAAGGACCUCUGCUCUUCUGUUGACUAAAGCUUCCCGGGCCUGUGUGGGCCGCAGAGGAUGGCAGUGCCGGCUACCAUGCUGGGGAGCAGAGUGUCCUCUUCCAAGUGUGACAUGCUACAACAGGGCCUGUGAGGCCUUGGGGACCCCAAAGGGGCCAGGGCAUCUGCAGUCCAGACCCUGGGUUCUGGGGCUGACUGUUGAGAUGGGGGUUGAGAGCAGGGAGAGGCCCUGAAGUUUGUGCCCCUAUGGGGUGGACCAGCCAAUUACUCCCUGAGCUGUAUUUUUUUUUAACUUGGUCUUCCCUCUCUGGCUUCCACGAUCUAGGGGCCAGCGGAAGAGUCUGGGUCCCUGUUACAAGUCAGGAGCCCUGUAGGGAGACCCUUUCUUUUGUACAAAGAUCUGAAUGCUGCAAUGAGCAGACUUUUGUACAUUUUUAUAUUAGUUUUUAAUGUCAGUGGCGACUCGGUUCCUGGGGCUACAGCUGGCUCAGGACUUUUGUAAGAAAUUUUGAGUGACUCACUUAGAUUUUGUUCCCACGUGGCCCUCUUCCUCUGUGUAAUCUAAGUGCAUUAAACAUAUCUGCAGAAGUG